GCAUACUUGGGAAUUCAUCAGACACUGGCUAGACAACAGUGGACCUAACUACGAGCCACAUACAAUGGCUCCUCAAACACCUCGAAGCACUCUCGCUAGUGAGCGGCACGGUUCAAGACGCCACAGAUAUACUCCAGACAGUCAGGCAUCUGUUCGCUUCAAGACACCGCCUCCGCAAACAUAUCGAAAUCGGAACAUGAAACUUGCUAGCAUCUACGUCGACCAAGUAAUUGAGCUGCCACCUAAGAUUGAUGACUACAUACGACACAUUCUUGGGAUCACGUCAUGGAAAGACCCAGUGACAGCCCCAAACGAACUUCAAAUGCAUCCUCGUUUCACCAAGCUAGCGGAUGAAUUUUUGGCACGUUCAAGACAGGACGCCUCCCGGUGUGUGCUUGAGGCCGAGUGGCAGUCAAGCCUGCAUCAUAUUGUCAGAACCAUGGCCGAAUCGUUGAAAGGUGCGGUUCAAAUAAACAUGUCUGAGAAGAUUUGGAAUGCAGAUCUAAAACCGAAGCCGGCACCCCUCAUGCUACAGAACGAAGCCCAGGACGGAAGACAAACCCCCACCUUCGAACAAGCGCAAACCGCUUCCCCCCAAAUCGAUCUAGGUCUCGACAUGGUUACUGACCUUGAUUGUUCUGAGUUAAUGUCGCCACCUUCACAUUCCGAAUCAGCUGUCUCAUCCACCAGUACUAAUGUGGCAAACCCAUACCAUAUCAGAACACCAAAACCAGACAUUACGAUCGGACUAGCAGAUGAUGCGUUCACACCACAGCAACAGGGGCUACUUGUCAGUCACCAGGCAUACAAGUCAAUCUUGAGCGAUCCUUACGCAGCUGAAAUGGGCUUCCGGUUUCCGUUCAUGAUUGUAGAGACAAAGGGCUUGAGCGAAAAGGGAACUCUCAUAAGCGCUCAGAACCAAGCCGCCGUUGGCGGUGCUUGCAUGCUGAAGAUUCUGAAGGAUCUAACUAACCAAGCUGCACGCAGCACAGAUCUUCACCCAAAACAAGAAUCUCCGCCAACAACACUAGCAGAGCUGUCUCCCGCGCCGACGUUAUGUUUCUCUGUCGUGACUGAAGGGCCUGAGCACGAGCUGUGGGUGCAUUUUGAGCGCGAAGACAGGUUCUACAUGCACCAUCUUGAGACGUGGCGCACUACAAAGAAAUCUCAUGUGGAGGAGCUUGUGAACUGGCUAGGCCGGAUAAUCGAAUGGGGCAAAGGAGAAUUCAAAGAGGGCAUUGUUGAGAAACUGGGUCGAGUGCCAGAGGUACCGAACACAUGA